GAGCAUAGGGAGAGGACAGUGAGGAGAGAGGGAGAGAGAAAGGCAGCGUGUGAGGGCUGCUGUGGCUCAGAAAUAAAGUCAGGCAACUAUCUGGAGCAGCAUGACUCUUCUAACACUUGGACUGUAUCUGCCACUGUGGUUUUGUUAUGGCCUGGCUCAAUCCUCUUUUCUGGAUAGCUUUGUUUCAUUCCCAGCAGCUCUCAGAUCCCAGGAGCAGCAGAGAAGAUUCAGCCCAUGCUGUUUACUGAGUCCGCCUCCACCCCCACUGUUUCCUCCACCCCCUUCACUUUGGCGCCGCCACACUCAUAAUGAAGACAUUUCAAAUAAUGGUGGGGAGUCAGAGUGGGGCAAUGAGGACAAAGGUUCUGCCUGUGUCCCAGGCCCCCGUGGCCCUGCUGGGCCCUCUGGCCCUCAGGGUCCACCUGGAUUACCUGGGAUAGGAGGGCCUAAGGGAGAAAGGGGAGAAAUCGGAAGACCUGGGCAAAAGGGUCGGACAGGUCCUAUUGGACUUCCUGGGAAAGAAGGACCAGCUGGAUGGCCUGGACCAAGUGGGCCCAAAGGUGAGAAAGGUGACCCGGGGCUGAUGGGUUUGCCUGGAGCUAGAGGACCAAUUGGGCCAAGGGGUUUACCUGGGUAUAAAGGGGAAAAGGGUUCUCGAGGCGAUCGCGGUGAAAGUGGAGUGAAAGGAGACAAGGGUGGGAUGGGUUUCCCAGGAAUGCUUGGACAAAAAGGUGAAAUGGGUCCAAAAGGAGAACCUGGGAUCUCAGGAAACAGAGGACCCACUGGCCGACCAGGGAAGAGAGGCAAGCAGGGAGGGAAAGGAGACACGGGCAGUGUUGGUCCUAUGGGACCUGCAGGCCCACAGGGGAUUCCAGGUCAGCCUGGUCCUCCUGGUUCACCUGCCACAGGACUAUACAUGGUUGGAACAAAGGGUGCACGUGGUCCACCAGGGCCUCCUGGAAAGUGUAGCUGCAGCCCUCUCAGUAAUUCUCCAUUUGAUGAUUAUCCUUCUAGAGGAAACUAUCCCAAAGUACCGGCGAUAUUUGUUGUAAGCAAUGAGGAAGAACUGGAGCGCCUUCACACAGAUAAUGCUCUGGCAUUCCGCAAAGACCAGAGAUCUCUCUAUUUCAAAGACAUUGAUGGCUGGCUGCCAAUUCAGACUUUUCCAUUCCAGUUGACGCCGUUCCAGUCCAUGGAAAAUGCACCUGACGAUGAAGGUUACUGUGGUGACGGGAUCGUGCAGAUUUCCAGCGGGGAGGAGUGUGAUGACAAAAACAGGGUUGUCACUGAUGGCUGUGUUAAGUGUAAACACGCUUACUGUGGAGACGGAUACCGCUAUGAGGGGGCUGAGGAGUGUGAUGGAAAGGACUUUGGAUACCAGACAUGUAAUUCAUAUCUUCCAGGGUCCUAUGGUCACCUCAAGUGCACACCAUACUGUGUUAUUGACUCCACAAACUGCAAGUACUUCACUUGAGGAGGAAGCUGGACAGUGCAGCGGGAUCCUCAGUGUGUUAUUUGGAAUAUUUUCAUGCAAAAAAAGAACAAUAAUGCUCCAAGCAAGAGACUGUGAAGGUAGAGGCAGCCACUGAUUCUAUGAUGAAAGAAAAAACAAAACAUAUAUAUAUAAAUACAACUCCUCUGUAUUGCUGCUGAGAUGCCACGUAGCUCCCAGGAGUUAUAGUCGGGUCAGUGGAGGUGAAAAAACCUUCACCCACACAUAGGAAAUGCACAGGCCAACUGCAAUCAGUCUUUACAAGCAGGACUUAAGACUGGCCUCCUCACCAUGAAUCAGCCUCUGGAUGCAACAGUUGUGUGACCUCCAAGACUUAAUUAAGUGCCAGUGGGAGAUGUUGCAGAGGAGCAGUAGCCGGGCCAGAGGCGUAUCAAUCUUGACCCAGUUACUGUUGAGAAAGAGAGGCAGUAGGCCAUCCAGAGCCAUGGCCUCAGGUAUUCUACUGCAGCGUCAACAGCAUUUGCAUGAGGCUGGGAUUACUAAGACCAUGACAGCAGCUGUCAUUAUCCAAGCAUGUAACCCAUCACUUUACUUAUUAUUGCCACAAGGCUCAUAGUCUUUGUAGUCUCAAUAUUACAUCAAGAAUUUCAGUUGUAAAAGGUAAAACCAGGCAUAUAGUACGAUCAAUAUGUAUGGUUAGGGAUGGAGAUAGAGGUGCAUGAAUUAUGCACUUGUAAUAUUUCAGUGAGACUGUUAUACCGGGAGGCCCCACUUCAGAGGCCGACUUGGCCUCAUUAGCUUGUGGUGGUACUGUGCUUGACAGGGUCAUUCAGUCUGGACAAGGUUUCAUAAAUCCCAAAAAAACGUCUCAGGAACCAACAGGUAAUGUAGCUCACUCAGCACCUUUCAUAGGCAACCCCUACUACUCUCUUUGUAAAUUAAAUGGCAGUGACUGUAUGCUGAAGCACACAGAUAACCCGAGUUUCUUCCCAGCGCUGCGCUUCAGUGAGAAAUGAAAUAUACUGUAUAUGAAGGCUUGAAACUGUUAUGUUCUUAAUUGUCUCACUGCACAGGAAAGGCUGGGAUAGUCUGUAGCUGCUAAAGGGGAGGAAUUUCAAUUCCAGUCUGUUCUAUGGUCAUUACUGUAUUUACUCUAAUACCUCUUUAUCCAGUCUUUCUGUCUUACAGUAUAACAGCAACACAGAAACUCAACAGUAAACUUAACAGUGUAGAUGUAGUGUGCUGUGUGUUGGGCACCAAUGGCGAAAAUGACUUUGCUGAUAUAAGCUAACAUUUUCCAUAAGCUACUGUAUGAGUCACAGUGCCAAGGAUGACCUGUUCUCAGCCAUACAUAGAUGUAGUCAGGUGUUAUAUAAAGUGGUUCUUCAGUAAAAAAAAAGGAAUCGAAAGAUAAAGACUGUUACUAUAUCGUCUCCGCAUGCUUGUGAUACCAUGCUAAUGAUUGUCAAACAUAUUAGUGAACAAUGUUAUACUCUUAUCUCUAUGGUCUGUGAAUAAGUUAAAUUAGGUCCUGUGUUGUCUUGUGUUGUGUUGAAUGUUGUUAUUUUUGUUAUUAUUUAUGUUGUUUUUCUUUCAAUGAUGUAUUGAAUGUUGUUUUUUGGUGGUUGUUUUUAUUGUAAUGGUGCACGUUAAUGUAUAGUUGCACAAGUUGUGUGUGGACUCCAGGAAGAAUAGCUGUGGCUAAGGCCCCAGCUAAUGGAGAUCCCAAUAAAUCAAAUCAAAUCAAA